AUGGCGAACGCCGCGCAGCGGCCAUGCAGCAUCUGCAUGGAGCCCAUGGCGCCCUUGGAGGCCCACCGCGGCGGGAGCGCCUGCGCGCACGCCUUCUGCGGGGCGUGCCUGACGGGCCACGUCCGCGCGAAGCUCGAGUCCGGCCGCGCCGGCGCCGUGGGGUGCCUCGACGCGGCGUGCGCCGGAAAGCUCGACCCGGAGCUCUGCCGCGCCGCGCUCCCGCGCGACCUGUUCGAGCGGUGGUGCGCCGCGCUGUGCGAGUCCAUGUUCGCCGGCGCGCGGCGGACCUACUGCCCGUUCCCGGACUGCUCCGAGAUGAUGGUGGCUGACGGCGACGGCGACACCGUGACGCAGUCCGAGUGCCAGGUAUGCAGGCGGCUGUUCUGCGCCCAAUGCCGCGUGCCGUGGCACGCCGGCGUCGACUGCGCCGCGUACAGGCACCGGGACACGGCCAGGGAGGAUGCGAUGCUGAUGGAGAUGGCCGCGGGGAGGAAGUGGAGGAGGUGCUCCAAGUGCCAGUUCUUCGUGGAGAAGACCGACGGCUGCUUGCACAUCACAUGCAGGUAA